GUUAACACAUCCAUGGUGUGCACGUCCCUAUUUUCUGUCAUUUUAAAUGCUCCUCGCUCCUUCAUCUGCGUCUCUACAGUCGUCGUGUGGUGCAAACCGAGAGAGGCCAGCGCCACAACAGUAACACGUCGAUAUAACAUUAAGUGGGCGUUAAACCUCUUCAACGGUAUAAAAAUGGAAUAACAAAAGAUUUUUUCCGCUCUUUUAAGCAACGCUUCUCUGUUCCCGGGGAGUUGAUAAAAGAAGAUGACCCUUUUCUCUUCGCUGGAGGAGGCUUUGCUGCUGUGUGGGGGAGUGGGUAACAUCCUGUGGCGUUUCCUGUGUUUGUAAACUAGACGGUGGCUGAAAGCGUCGGGCGAGUGAAGCUAAAAAGUUUUAAUGCUAGAUGAGUGAGGUGGGUGUGGCUUCCCACCAGCCCGACCAUCCUGACUGACGGAUCUCUGGAUGACCUUGUCCCCACCCCUGUCCCUGCGCUCACAUACACCACAGCAAUGUCACAUCUGCCCAGCAGCUCAGUCCGCGACCAUAUGAAAUGGGCGGGACUGCUUGGCUGCGAAGCUGUCCUCUCCAGUAUGGCCCUGAUGCAGGCCAGCUCCAUGGCUGCUCCGCCCAAAAAAAUGAUGGCUCCACUUGGCCAUGGACCACCACAGAGAGAGGGACCUGACCGUGCUCCCCAGAGCCACAUGAUCCUCCCAUCUGGAAUGAGCUGUCCACCCCUGCUUAUCCGGAAGGAAGGUGAAUUCCAAGCUCCCCGCCUGCUGGAUGAGAAGGAGAUGAGGGCCAACGAGGACAUGCAGCAGAAAAAAAAGAACAGGAAAUCAGUGACGCCCUGUAAAGUGAGAGAACAAGAAGGAAGGGGAGGGAAGGGCACAGGUGGGGAUGAGAAUGGUCCAUCAUCCAAAGUGCAGAAAAACUUUAUUUGUGAUCACUGUUAUGGAGCAUUUAGGAGUGGAUACCACCUGAAGAGACAUAUCCUCAUUCAUACAGGGGAGAAGCCGUAUGCUUGUGCCGUUUGUGACAUGAGGUUUAUUCAGCGUUACCACCUGGAGAGACACAGCCUCAUUCACACGGGGGUGAAGCCGUACGCUUGUUCCAUGUGUGACAUGAGGUUUUUCCAGCGUUACCACCUGGAGAGACACAGACUCACUCAUACGGGGGUGAAGCCGUACGCUUGCUCCAUGUGUGACAUGAGGUUCUUCCAACGUUACCAUCUGGCAAGACACAGCCUCACUCAUACUGGGGUGAAGCCAUACGCUUGCUCCAUGUGUGACAUGAGAUUUUUCCAACGCUACCACUUGGCAAGACACAGCCUCACUCACACGGGGGUGAAGCCAUAUGCUUGCUCCAUGUGUGACAUGAGAUUUUUCCAGAGAUACCACCUGGCAAGACACACUCUCACACAUACGGGGGUGAAGCCAUACGCUUGCUCCAUGUGUGACAUGAGGUUCUUCCAGCGUUACCAUUUGGCAAGACACAGCCUCACUCAUACUGGGGUGAAGCCGUAUGCUUGUACCAUGUGUGACAUGAGAUUUAUACAACGUUACCAACUGGAGAGACACAGUCUUACUCAUACAGGGGUGAAGCCGUACGCUUGCACCAUGUGUGACAAGAGGUUUUUUCAGCGCUACCACCUGGCGAGACACAGCCUCACUCAUAUGGGUGUGAAACCUUAUGCUUGCACCAUGUGUGACAUGAAGUUUUUUCAGCGUUACCACCUGGCGAGACACAGCCUCACUCAUACGGGUGUGAAACCUUAUGCUUGCACCAUGUGUGACAAGAGGUUUUUUCAGCGCUACCACCUGGCAAGACACAGCCUCACUCAUAUGGGUGUGAAACCUUUUGCUUGUACCAUGUGUGACAUGAGGUUUGUUCAGCGUUACCACCUGGCAAGACACAGCCUCACUCAUACGGGUGUGAAACCUUAUGCUUGCACCAUGUGUGACAAGAGGUUUUUUCAGCGCUACCACCUGGCAAGACACAGCCUCACUCAUAUGGGUGUGAAACCUUUUGCUUGUACCAUGUGUGACAUGAGGUUUGUUCAGCGUUACCACCUGGCGAGACACAGCCUCACUCAUACGGGGGUGAAGCCGUAUGCUUGUUCCAUGUGUGACAUGAGGUUUAUUCAGCGUAACCACCUGGAGAGACACAGCCUCACUCAUACGGGAGAGAAGCCAUUUGCUUGUGACAUGUGUGAUAUGAGGUUUAUCCAGCGCUACCACCUUGAGAGACACAAGCGUGUCCAUAGUGGGGAGAAGCCUUACCAGUGUGAACGGUGCCAGCAGAACUUUUCUCGGACAGACCGGCUGUUGCGGCAUCGGAGGUUGUGCCAGGGUCGCAGCGUAGCUAAAGUAGAGAACCAGCCAUGCUGCGAACCGCGCCCUUAUCCCCAGGAACCCCCACCCGCGCCCCCAACCUGGAGUCCCCUGCACCCCCCUCCAGGCCGGCUGGCGGUCUGACAUUCCACCUUCCCUACAUCCACAACGCCGCCAGAGACGGGACAAGCCACAGGGUUUCUUCUUCUCAGCUCUGUGCUUAGUGGCGCCACACUCUAGCACAGACUGAUCUCGCAGCUCCAGUCUUGGGAUUACUAAUAACAGAGGGACAUUUGUGUUUUUGUUUUGUUGACUUUUUACUGUGUUUCCUUUUCCUCCCCGUUUUUUUAAAGACGAGACUUUUCUGUGAUGAACAGUGGUCCUGUUUUGUACUUAAUCUAUUUGAUUUUUGCAACAAAAAAAGUUUUUAUUAUUGUUGAAAUAUAUCUGCAUUUGGUGGUACUCGGGAAGGGCAGUGGGUAUUGUUUAUCCUGACGUGUUAGCAACAAAAUGGGAUGAAGCGGUGAGGAAAAGUAUUUGAGCUUCUUUCAAAUUUUUCCUUAUUUGGCCCAUUUUGACACAAAGGGAUUGUCACUUAGGUCAAAAUUAAUAAAACUGAACUUCCCUUCAAGGCACAGAAACCACUGUUGACAUCUCAUGUGGACCAGCUCUUUCUUGCCUUUGCAGCUAGCAUAGCAUUAAGCAGUAAGACAUCUCACUUAAAGCAGUUAUCUGGUAAACAAACAACAGGAUUUCCCUGACAUCUUUAUCACAGGAGGAUCAGUUUUAAUGAUUACUUUGUGUAAAUAAUUUAAAAUGUUUAUUAUUUCACUAUGAGACUUAAGUGGUGAUUUUUUUUAAUGCACAAAAUGGGCCAAAAAGAACCUGAAAAUUUGAAACUGGUUCAAAUACGAUCUGACGCCACUGUUUCAGUGAAAUCCUGAGGAACUUUUGUGAGUGUGUUUAUAUAAAAGUAAUAUCAGACAGUGCUUCAUAACUGUAAACCAGGAAUUCCAAGACACGGAUGAUGAGAGGGCAACCUGCAGUUGACUAGUCGUGUGUCAGACACAAAGGGUCGGGUCACAGGAGUAUCACCUGUGCACCUCAUGCUCUGUCGUGUAGGACAUGAUGAUGACUCAGGAAAUGGCACAGGGUGGCAGCAGUCUUAGCAAGUCCUCUUCUUGGGUUAUGCUAUCGUACUUAACAGCUGUAUAUAUUUUCAGUAUAUAUACAGAGAUCACCAGUACUUAGCAGAAAUCUGUCUCUUUCAGCUCUGUCCGUAGAUCCUGGUCUAAAAUAGUGCAGGUUGGCCACUUGAAGUCCCAUUAUGUUGUUUGUACAGAUUCUCACAUCGUGAGAUUAGUGGGGGUAUACAAAAUCUUGUGGCCUUAGUGUGUUUUUUUUUUUUUUAUUUGCCUUUUUCUCAGCUGUUCAUUAUUGUGGAUCAGAUGUAUUUACUAAGACGAGACAGCCUUUCAUCAACAUGGUUUGGUUUUUUUGGAUUUUAUUUUAUCCUAAAGCUGUCACGGUUACAGAAUGUUGACAGCGUCAGUGGCGCUAAAACAGACUAAUGUGUUCUCCUGUCGAGAGGGGUUGUUGUUAUGAUGGUAAUGAAUAUUUUGGGUCAUUGUUACUGAUUACAGUGUAACACAGUAUAUAAUCCUAAAGGAGCCCCCCGGGGAGUUGAGACAGUUCUUGUGAGAAGUCAGUAGUGCUAAAUUCUCUCCCACUGCAGUGCUUUGGUCGGUCACAGGCCACAGCAGAAUCAACACUCGCUUGACUCUGCUUCACACUAACAAUUGCCUUUUUAUCCAAAUAUUAUGUGGUUGGUGUGUAAUAAUGGAUGUCUGUCAUGUCAUUGGGUUUAGCCUUAAGUAAGUGCGGAUACACAAAAUAAUCAUUGUAGUACUAAAUGAUAUUGUAACGGACGAUUUCUCUUACCUAUGAUGAACUUUGAUCGUACUGUGUGGAAGUCUCUUGACGGUCAGACAGCAGAUAGAAGGUUGAUCAGAGCCACUGUGCUGCCUGUUGAAGAAUUUCUCAAAUUUGAUCCUUUCUGUGACUGGUGAGAUUGUGAUGGGGUUGUGCCUGACCGUGCUGUUUAACCUAGAAAUUAGUGCCGGUGCGGGACCUUUACUCAAACGUACAUGUGCAUAUCAAGGCAUCACAAGGCAUCACAACUGCUCUAUGAAGCCACAGUGAGGAACAGAUGGCUGAAAACCAUUGAGCAUGAUUUCAGGAGACUGCAGUCUGAUUUUUUUUUUUUUUUUUUUUUUUAAUUUAAAGGUUCAGAUAAGACUGAAUGUGGAGAUCACGUCGUGGUCUGUUCUGGUCUCUGAUUUGUGGGAUGAACAGACAUUUGUGUUUGAUACAAAUAAGUUGCAGAUUACUGAGUUAAUUUUUUUUUAACCAAAAGUAUUAUUUGGAAUAUUUCUUUAAAUGGUCCACUGAUAUCAAGACAAAGUUGUAAGUGACAGGAAAGGAUAAAGUAAAAACCCAGCGGCAGCAAAGGGGCCAAGUUUGAGAAAUGCAUUAACUUGCUCUGGAAACACUAUUCCAAAUCUGCGGAAGGGAUACUGCUGGCAUGAGCACAUACUGAAAAAUGGCUAAAGGGCAAUACAGUAUAUAGUUGACGUCACUUGUUAAUACCUUUUUGUCAUUUAUUGUUUUUAGUAUUAUCAAUCUCAUUGUUAAAAUGCAAUAGAAUCCUUGAGUCUCAGAUCAUUUGUUUAUAAGAUUGAGGUUUAAUUUUUCAGGCAGAUCAAAGGAUUUAUUUGUCUGAGAAUUUCUCAUCACAUUUUUGAUGAUUGUUUCAAGGACCUUUUUUUUAUUCUGAUGAAAUUGUAAACACUGGAGUGAAAGGAAAAAAAAGACAAAAAAGAGAUGGAUAUUUUUUUCCUUGAGACUGUACUAGAUUUUAGGUUUUAGACAAAGCCUAUUUCUCCUCAACUCGACAAAGAGAGUGGACAGAACAAUUUGGAUCAGUACAGUUGAGAGCCCAGUAUGUUCAGUAAUUUUAACAUUAGAGGCAGUAGUACCACAAGGAAAUGUUUUCUUUCUUAUACAAAGUCCCUGGUAUUUGUAGUAAAUUAUAUUGAUAAUGGUAUUAGAUGAACAACAGCAUAACAGUAGCUAUCACAGAUUAGUUGUUUUCUUUAUUAGUCUUGCAUGCAGAGUUAUGGUCCUCAGUUAAGAUAGGAUCUUGAUAUUGAUUAUUUUGUGUAGGAAAAUGAGUGCAUAAGAAUAACUUCCUAAAAAAAUGUUACAAUGAUUAUUGUAAAAUGGGCUAACUAAUAUGUACCCUUGUGAUCCAAUUAGUUUCAACUGUAUGAAAAUCAGAGGAGAGGCUUCUUACUAUUAUGCUGAAAUAAAAGAAUUUGUAAAGGA